GUGUUAUCUCAGUCUGGCCCUGGAUCUAUAGUUAGCACUCGCCGUGGGCGCAAGGCUCUUGCCUUGUAUGCUGAAGCGAAAUGAUGCACCGCUCCAAUAAAGGCUCCUUUGGUCCUUCUUGACGCAACACCAAUGGCUGCCAUAACCAGCAGCGACCUGGAGGCUGCCUCGCACGCUACAGCACGGUUCGCUCAAUCCAUGACAAGCAACAACCAUUUUGACGAAUCCAAAACGAGAAGCGGAACACCCCUAUCGGACGUCUCGCCCAGCGCCCAAGCAUGCUGUAUUCCACCUCCUUGUUCUCCAGAGUUGAAAUGUGGUACACAAGAUUGCAGGAAUGAUGAAUGGAACAAAACUCCACAAAAUAGCAAAGCGACUUUUUUUUUGUCACAAAUAUUUAUCAAGUUUCUGAAACGAGAUCAAACACCAGUAGAAUGUAUUGCCUGCGGGGAUAAGGUCCCACCAAAGCAAAGUUUCCGUGCACCAUGUGCUCAUCACUAUUGCCGGGAAUGCAUAGCGAAUUUCGCGAAGGCAUCCAUGAAAGACGAAUCUCUGUAUCCCUUGCAGUGUUGCCAGAUUCGAAUACCGGCAAAGAAAGUCGAUCGACAAUUACCUAAACCACUGCAGACAGGAUUUCGUGCCAAGACUGUGGAAUAUUCUGUCCCGCCGACUACACGAGUGUACUGCGCGAAUCAGAAAUGCUCUGCGUUCUUGUGCUCCUCAGACACUCGCAAGGCGAACAUGACUUGCCGUGUGUGUGGCACCGCGAUGUGCCUCGCAUGCAAGAAUAGGAGACAUUUAGGAGAAGAAUGCGUGGAAGCAGGACUGCAAAGAGACUUGAAGAGACUCGCAGAUGAUAAAAAUUGGCAGUCGUGUCCUGGCUGCCGGGCGAUCGUCGAACGUACAGAUGGGUGUAGCCACAUCACGUGUCGCUGCUCCACCCACUUCUGUUAUCGAUGCGGAGCCCGCUGGCGAAAAUGCUUUUGCCACAGAGAGGAUCACUAAGUCCCUUAUCAUAGCAGGAAGUUAUUACACCACGUGCCAAUGAUAGUAAGUACUUAGUAUAUGCAUGCAGCAUCAAAGAAACGUCCAAAUUUUAAAUUUCCUAGCUAGAUGUCUCAUUAUGAACAUACCCUUCUUUGUACGCAUUAUACGCUACACGUGUAUAACCUUUGCAGAACAACC